AUGGCGUUUAAGUUGUGGGCGCUGGACGAGGACACGAUAUACGAGCACGUGUUCGAGCGGUACAUGCAGUUGGAGGCUCAAUGCGGGACACUGCCCCAGGAUUUGGGCAUUCAAGACAGAAGCAAAGGUGUGCUAGAGCUAGCCAUUGAACCCUUGAGCAGGCGGAGGAAAAAGCGAGUGAGAAGGAGGAAUAAGACUGGCCUGAUUGAGGAAGAUCUGGGCGCUGCUGUGGACAAUUAUCAUGUUAGUAUAGAGCAGUCUAUAUCGAGCUUGCAUUCGUCCAGAGACAACGAUAACUCUACCACAGGAUACGUUGUGUGGUCCACGACACCUUUUUUCAUCAACUGGUUACUUUACAGUGGCAGUGCUGCGCCUUUCCGUCUUGGUACCCAGGUGGAAGUAGUCAACGGGUCUUCUUGUGAGGGGCACACGCUUGAAUUGCCCAAGCUGAUCAACCUGUCCGGCACUGAUCGCAGCAAGAGAGGUAUCUUAGAGCUUGGAGCAGGGAUAUCGGGCAUUCUGCCCGUGAUUCUUGGUAACUUUGUCGACGUCUACGUUUCGACAGACCAGAGGGGCAUCCUUAACAAGUUGAAGCAUAACAUCAGGGAAAACCUAUCGCAGUUGACCAGGAGGCAAUGCGUGUCCCGCACACUGCAAUCCGGAGUGCAAACUUUCAAGCCGAUCGAUGCUACUACAGUGGAACCGCCCCCAAAACCCACGCUGAGCCUGGAAGCGGCUGCUCUUGACUGGGAGAAGAUCAACUUGCAAGACGAAAAGACACACACACUGCACCCUGAACUGUCGCUCAUAGGCGAGACAAGCACCUCUGUAUACGUUAUAGCCAUGGACGUCAUAUACAAUGAGUAUCUCAUCGACCCCUUCCUAAAGACGCUCGUCCAGCUGAAGCACUGGUUUCAAACGAUCUACAGCUUGAAAUUCCACGCCAUCGUGGGGAUACACUUACGUUCACAAGAAGUAACAACCCUAUUCUUGGAGAAGGCUAUCAUAGAGAACAGGUUCACGCUUUACGAUAUCGUUGAUCAGGGCAUACAAGAGUCUCGCUUCAACUUUUACCUCAUUACUUAG